AUGGUUCAAGUUCUAUCUGCUGCGGCCGCUGCGGCCGCAAGUCGUGUGAUGGACACCUACACCGAAGGACCAUCACCACAGAUUCCAGGGAUGGUGUAUUGUGCGGUCAAUAAAGACGGAGACGUCGUUUUCAGUCACGCUUCAGGCAAAAAGGGUUUGAACGACGGCGUUGCUAUGACCACAGAUACAAUUUUUUGGAUGGCUUCAUACACCAAGCUAAUCACAAGCAUCGCCUGCAUGCAGCUGGUUGAGCAAGGAAUACUGAAAUUAGAUGAUAGUUCCCAGCUCGAGUCCUUCGCCCCAGAGCUCAAGGCUGUGAAGGUUCUCCGACACGACGGGCAUGGCGGAUUUCUCUUGGAGGAGAAGGACAGGAGAAUUACCCUUCGAAUGCUCUUGAAUCAUACCGCUGGCUUUGGCUAUGCCUUUGAAGAUCUCAAGCUACGCGAUUGGUCACGGCCGAUCGGCAUUGACGACUUCUCCGGAAAUCGCGCCGAUGUUCUCUACGGACCGCUCGUAAACCAACCGGGUACGAAAUUCCAAUAUGGGGUCAGCAUGGAUUGGGUCGGGAUCAUUGUGGAGCGUGCGACAGAUAGUUCCCUUGAGAAAUAUUUUCAGAAGUGCAUUCUUGGACCGCUGGAUAUCCACAGUAUCACUUUCUUCCCAAGUGAGGAAAUGAAGGAGUCGCUAGCCCACAUGCACUCUCGAGCACCGGAUGGAAAUUUGACUACUAGAGAUCACCUUUACAGAUAUCCACUGCUACCGCGUAGCCCGGGUGAGGAUCCCUUCUGUAUGGGCGGUGGCGGUUGCUUUGGGAAGCCUACUGAGUAUUGUCGAAUCAUUGCAACCUUGCUGAACAACGGAGUGAGCCCGGAUACUGAAGCCAAAAUUCUUGAGCCGGAAACUGUCGAAGAGAUGUUCACCGAUCAGAUUCCAGCGAUACCUCGAUACUGCAAUGAGGGCACUCCGUCAGGAAAGCCCGACCUAGCAAAGCCUUGCCCUAUAGUUCCAUGCGCCGAUGAUUUGACUGAAGGAUGGGGCCUUUCCUUUUCUCUCAGCCACUCGAAGAGUGCCACUGGAAGAGCGGCGGGCUCAGGGUCCUGGGAGGGGGUGGCAAACUUGUUUUGGUUUGCGGAUAAGGAUAAUGGUGUAGGGGGAGUCAUUGCCUCGCAGAUCCUUCCCUAUGGAGGUAUGUAA